CCUAACCGGGGUUAACUUAUAGAUGAGUUGUUAAGGUGCACACCUAUUCUUGAUCCUUUCACGUAUUCUAAAUCUUUGUCCUCUGUACAGAAGAGAACAAAUUCGAUCAACGAUUUUCCAGUCUUCGGCAAAUGGAAACGCAGUGUUCGUUGAUAUGCUCAUGAUGUCCUUUCACCUCAGCAUUACGAGGUACGGAUUUCGAUUCCUCUGCAAUAAUUUUCUCACAGAAGGUAAGAUGUUUUAAUUCCCUGGACUAAUAUUGUUUUCCAAUAUAACAAUAAGCAGUAAGCUGUUCCUUUUCCAACAAUCUGUAUGUGAAUGCACUGAAAUCUGAGCUUUGAACGCAAAUGCUUUAUAACUUCUUUCAAAAAGAUUAGGAAAUUUUCUUUUUUCUUAUAUUGUCAGUGAUGAUUUGACAGGGUUAUGUUUUAUGAGAUCUGUUCUUUUAAAGGAUAUAAUUCCUCCAUUAGCGAAUUAAAUAGCUGGUAAAUGUUUAUCAGUCUUCUGAACUUUGUAGGUCAGGCAUUCAUAUGUAGGUUUUUAUUUAUUUUCUUGAGGACGAAUUUAGGACUCGGCACGCUUUGUGCAAAACUUCCGUUACAACAGAUCAGUUUCCCCAACCUGAUCUCAACCAGUUGCAUGUGAGUAGGUCUGUAUAAAUCAUAUGGCGAUGGAUCAAAAUGACCAACCACCAGAGGUUUUAAAAGCUGAAAGAGACAAAUUCUUCAGUAGGAGAUGUUGCGGCAAUUCUAAUGAAUUUACAGCUGAGCUGCUCGUCUGAGGUCAAUGCUGCUUCUGAAAGACUCCAUCAAAGGAUUUCACCUGAAAAGAGAAAACUAAGAGCAAUUGCACCUCUGAAAGCCUCAGAGGCUAUUGACACUAAUGUGGUAGAUCUGUCUUCAGGAAAAUACAUACUGCCAGAUCAACAGGAACUGGCUAUGGAUCAAAAUUAUCAACCACCAGAGAUUUUAAAAGCUGAAAGAGAGACAAAUUCUUCAGAAGAAGAUGUUGCGGAUAUUCUAGUGAAAUUAAAGCUCAGCUCGUCUGAGGCCAAUGCUGCUUCUGCACGACUCGACCAAAUGAUUUCACCUGAAAAGAGAAAACUAACAGCAACUAUACCUCUGAAAGCAUCACAGGCUAUUAGCACAAAUGUGGUAGAUCUGUCUUUAGUAAAAUACGUACUACCAGAUCAACAGGAACCCCCGUAUUUUGUGACGCUUCUUCACAUUCUUGGAGUGAAGGAUGAUAUAUCAGCUGUUGCAGAUGCAUAUAUGAGAUUUGAUAAGCAGGUUUUAACUUCAAUUCAUAACAAAGCUAGCAUAUAUCUUACACAUCCUGAAAUAGGAAAGAUUCUUCAAAUGCAUGACUCCCCUGAACAAAAAUAUGAAGGCAGUCACGAAGCCACAGAAGCUGCAGAUGAACUUGUUCCAGUUAGCCUAAAGGAUUUGAAAGCCGGCAAGCUGAAUGAGUGUGCUGUGUUGUAUGGAGAGCUUUGUGUUAAGCCCUUCAAAUUUGGGAGAAUCUAUACUCUGCUCCAGGAGAUUGGCACUGGGAAUGCAGUGGCUCUUUCCAUUGUUUCAGAGGAUGCCUCAUCUAUUGAUCAAAAUUUCGAAAGAGAGAAUUAUCCUCAAGGCAAGAAAAUUGCUGUCAAGGAGCCCAUGCUUGUUCGAGGCGAAGUCGGUCUCCUAUUUAUAAAUGUAAACAAUCCUUCGUCAAUUGAAACGGUAGAGAGUUUUCCUCCCUCUGCAGAUGGAAAUGUUGCAGUCGAUGAAGAAAAUUUCAAGAAAUGGAUGGAUACCAUAUUGAAUGAGGCACAUCACUCAGAAAAUUGGGACAAACUCAUGCGAAAUUGUACAAAGGGACUAUUGAUGUACUCAAAGGGAAUGGGGAUCAACAACUUCCCCAUUACUGAAAUAUACGCUGCAAGAUGGCACGCGGAAAUAGCAACUGGGCGGUAUGGUGAAGCAAUGCUUGAUGCAGAGGCCAUUUGUGAGCUCCGUCCUUCUUGCAGCGAUGGAAUUAAGAUCAAGAUUCGAUCACUGGCAUCCUUAGGGAGAUUUCAGGACCUCCAUCGUUUACUUCAAUCUGCGCGUGCCAAUAAUGCUUUCAGAGACGAGGACAUCAAAGAAUUCACUAACAUCUAUCGCACAUGUGGCUCUCGGUAUUUUGACAUUGGUAUCGCAAGAUUAAAUGAGCAAAAGCCAUCUUUGUUCAGACCAGAUGGAGAUUUAAUCGGUCCGGUGGAAAUCCAAAAGACAAGAAAUGGGAAUGGCAGGGGUUUGUUCGCCACCGAAGAUAUUAAGACAGGUGACUGCUUGUUGAUCAGCAAGGCCUUGGCCAUCUCUCUCAAAGCUAUGGACGACCCCAUGAAAAAUGGGCUGUUUGAAAAUGUGAAAAAUGUUCUGAAUUCAUGUGGGGAUAACAUUUUAAAACUCUUUCUUUCUCAUGCCAGUCGCAAACUGGUUGCCAAAAUGGGGGAUUUCUUCAACCCGUCUGCCGAAGAGAAGUGCUGCAAAGCUACAGCUCGAGUUCGGGAAGAUUUUGAAGCCCUUCCAGAUAAAGACCGUAGAAUCGGUCACAUAAUAGAAGGGAUUGCUUUCGACGACGCCUCUGUAGCUGCACUUCAAGAAAAGGGCGAGUCAUUUGUCAUCUUCAAUCCACAUCCAAUUAGGCUUUAUUAUGGAGUGUGGAUGCUUCCGUCAUUUAUAAACCAUUCAUGCUCACCCAACUCAACAAGAAUCAAUCAAGGGGAAAUCAUCAGAAUUCAUGCAACAAGAUCUAUUAAAGAGGGACAAGAAAUCACCAUUCCCUAUUUUAAUGUUCUGCUUCCCUAUCCUUUUCGACAGAAACUUUGCAAUAGUUUUAGGUUUGGGUGUGUCUGCAAGUGCAAACGAUGUGAGGUGGAAAGAAAGAUAAUAGGAGCUGAACCAAAAGCCGAGGCACUUUGCGAGAGCUACUCCUCAGCGUGCAAUGCAAAGAUCGAAGAAAGGCCUGCCCGACUCGACAAGUUUGUCAAUCGAGUGGAAAAUUGUUUGACAGUAUUGAGAAAGGGGAAACUUGUUGGGGAUAAAGAUGGUGAGGAUUGGUUUCGAUCUUCUUUUAUGGCUGCCUAUUUGGGGCGUAUUACUUGCAGAAAAAAGAAAGCUGUAAAGACAUCGUCAGACAAAGAGGAGGAAAUUUUAUUGAGAGCAGCGCAUUCCAUAAUUGAAACUUGCCCUGGGGACAUUCAGAAUCUAAUAUUUUGCCACAGUUGUGUCAGCUUUUGGAAAGGUUUGGCAGAUGAGAAAUAUGCAAGACAGGCAUACAGUCUGAAGGAGGAGGCAAUCAUUUCAGUAUACGGGAACUCCUUAUAAGAAGCUUGGCUGCUUAGACCUGAAUUUCACAUAAAUUUGACUGGCCAAAUCCCCCAAAUAUGUAAUCGUCAUUUGUCAGGAGAAACUCUAAGAUAGUCAGUUGACAUUUAAAAAAUAACGACGAAUAAUUGAUUACAGAAACAAGGCUAGAUGGUUUUGUUUGUUUUAAUUUUAUGCUCUUAUCGUACGGUAGAUUAUUAACGAUACAUGUUAGUUAUGAAUGUUGUCUCAUGUUAUCAACUAGACAGGAUCAUUUUUUCUAGCGAGUGGCUAAAACAUUUUCGGUAGCCCCUCUCGAUGGGAUUGGAGUUUUAUUUUCU